CCGCACAAAAGAAUUCUGGCAGGUUUGUUCGGUUUCUAACAUCGUUCAGUUUUUUUGUCUUUUUUUGACCUGUGUUCGCUGGUCGUUCGUUCGUUUCGUCACUCGUUUGAAAAUACAAUCUAUUCUAGCACAAUGCUACACUCGCUUUUCCUUCUUUCUCUGCUUUCGAGCACGGCCUUUGCCGAGCUUUCGAAAAGCAACUUAAAGACUUAUGUUGGAAGCCUAGAGCUUUCGACUCCUUUCUCGCCAAUCAAGGACGACUACCGCACUGGACUACCACACCACCACCGCACACCUUUUGCGGUCUCACCGGAUGGAAAGUCAGCAUAUCUCGCAUACCUUGGGGCGUCAGGAAAGGGAGUUCACGUACAGAAGGUCGACCCUGUUACCUUCAAGGCUGUCGGAGAUGCUGUGACGGUGAGUUGCGCAAAGGAAGCUGGCGGUCUCAUUGCUCAUAAUGACGGAUUCGCCCUUCUUACCAACGAACCCAUGGAUGCCGGAACACAAAAAGCUCCCCCAAAAAGAGAUUCUGUAGCCGUACUAUACCGCUGGACCCGUGGCAAGCGGGCUUUUAAGACAUUCCUUGGUGGCCCAGACAAUGUCGGUGAGGCAGGCGCAACGUGUUCACCAUAUCUGAAUGGUGAUCUUGCUUAUUCCGAGGACACUGGCAUAUAUGGAGCCUAUUUUGUUGUUGCCAGUUACGAUGGUCCUGCACAGGGUCACUUUGGCGAUUCGAUGCAAUACAUCAGCGAUAACGGCACCAUUCAGAAAAUCGAGGGCGCCACUAAAAACUGGGGAUGUUCCUUCAACACUGGCAUUGCACUCGAGGCUUCUGCCUCCGCACCUUUUGCUAGUGUUUGCGCUGACGACCAGGGUGGAAUCUGGCUUAACACAGGUGGUACUGGCAUGGAAAAGACUGGUGUGAAGGUCUCGAACGAGUACGCUAGGAACGGUGCCGCAAACGAGCCCAUGGGAGGCAUCUCUGGUUCCUACAGCAGUCUUACACGAUUCAUUAACAAGGACUCUUACAUCUUCACCUGGGUAUCGCGUGGCUCCAAGGAUUUGACCGAGAACAAGCAACUGGGUGAAGGAUACACGACCUCCUCGUACCGAACCAAGAACCGUAACGUCGCCAUCGCUACCUUUUCCGACAAGAAGACCAUGGUCGGCAAGCAAGCCACUAACCAGCCCGGACCUGAUGGCGACUCGCAUGUCAACUGGAUCACAACUGGUUCUUCUGAUUGCCAGAAUGCCCGCGUAGCCGCUUUUGAUGGUUCCAACGCGCUCGUCACAUGGGAGGAGAUUGCUGAGCCAACUUGCAACUUCCCAGCUAUGGGCUGCGAGGGUGAAUUCUCGGGCACUUACUUCCAGCUCGUCAAGGAUGGUAAGAAGGUUGGCGAGCCGGUCAAGUCUAUGGAUGUGUAUGUUGCUGGAGACAUGGUCACCAUGGGUGAUGGCCGUAUUUGCUGGCCUUAUGUUGAUAUGAGCUGGUCGCUCAAUGGUCCUGUUGCCGACCGAAAGACGACCAAUGCUAUCAGCUUCGCAUGCAUGUCAUCUUGCCAAAGCAAAGCUUCUGCACCAUCCGAUUCAGAUGCACCACUCAAGCCCUCUUCGCCAUCGAAGCCUGUCUCGUCGCCUGAGCCUGCUGAGCCAUACAAGCCUACUGAGCCAUACCAGCCUGCUGAGCCAUCUAAGCCAUCUUCACCUUCCUCACCGCCCGUGUCCAACGCUCCCUCAGCCGCGCCCCCCGCGUCCUCAACACAACCUCGGCACAACGCCCCACCAGUCCCCACGCUCUCCUUCUCCCUCUUCAACCCGGACUCCACCCCAUCCCCAACCCCCAAACCAACUCCAUCCCCAACCCCAUUCAACGACAACAAACCCCGCCCCUACGAAUCCGUCUACGUCCCCGGCUCCCUCUCCUUUGACCCCAUCAUGGCCCCGGCCUUCACUCAUGUCCUCCCGGGUCUACCCGGCGAAUUCACAAAUGGGCCUGUGUACUCAACUACCAAGACGCCUGCUGCGCCUACGGGAUCCCCAGUGCCAUGUUCUAUUCCUGGUGCUGGCGGGUCGUAUGGGGAUUCGUACGGUAGAUCAUAUGGUCGUGCAGGUGUGUAUGGAGUUAAAGGAGGUUCAUAUGGCGAUGCGGGCGCCGAUUCGCCGUGUACGUUGCGGACGGUUGUUAGGCCUUCUGCUAGCAGUGCGGCCUCGUAUUAAAAACAAAAUAAACAGGGCCUGGAAAUUGAGUAGUAUGCCAGGAACCUUUUUGUUUAGGUGUUUAAUCGUAAUCAGGGGGGCUUCUUUGGACACUCUCUUUCUCUUUCUGUUUUGUAUGGGUCUUUUAUACACGAUGUUUUUUCCUUUCUCUCUUUCCUUUUCUAACACUUUUUCUUUUCUUUUUUUGGAAUGGGAGAUGCGCUUUAGUUGAAUACCCGUUGAGUGGGGACGCUGGUUUUUUUGAUAUGCUAAAGAUAAUUUGAAACGCGAUGAAAGACUUUUAACGAUUUUGUGUUUCUAUGGGAUAUGUGCAAUGAUAUGUUUGUGCUUUCUUUUGCUUGAAAAUUGUAUCUAAGCGAUUGAGUAGGUCAAGUCUCCAUGUCCAUUUAAGACAGUAAAUCAAGGUAUCCGUGAC